AUGGCCAAAAAUUUAGAGCAGGCUAUAACUCUUAGUAGAGAGGAACUUAAUGGAUUAAGAAGGUUACCGCAAUCACAACAGAAUCCAUCAAUUAUUGGGUCGGGUUCUAUAGCUCAAAAAGCUAAUUUUUCUCUUCAUGUUUAUGACUUUCGGGAUGUGACUUUGAGGAGGAUGAUUGGCGAUGCUAGAAAUCAUGUUGGGCUCUAUCAUCUCGAGGUUCAAUCGGAUUUUGUGAGACAAUCUCACCUAGGAAUGAGUAACCCUAUUUCUAGUAAAGCCGAUUCUUGCUUAUCCGUUAGUGAGUUGAAAACCGAGAGUGAGAGAUCAAUCAUGGUGUGGCAUUACAACCGAUAUUCGGGGGAGAGCUCUAGUCAAAGUCAACCACAAGAAUAUCGGCUUUUCUUAGAGAGCAUAGAUUGCACCUCGAAACAUCCGAAACUACAAAUACACCUUAUCCAUCCGAAAGUGCUUCUACCCCAUCUCCAAGUGUCCAACCCGAACUCGAAUCGCAACUAA